AUGCACGCGUUCGGUAUCGACCACCAAAACUGGGAAGUAGUUGCCGAGAAUCGUGACGGAUGGCGUAAAGUUGUUGUGGACGGACGCAAGGUACACGAUCAAGCUUGGUUUGAGACUUUAGCGGCAAGAAGAACGCGACAACAAGAAGCUUCUUCCGUCGCUGACACCACCCGGGCAAGAGUCUGGGCAAAAUUUUGUUAUCCUAAUGAUGAUUGGACUACGGAUGAAUCCUUGGUGAAGCUAUACAAACAGCAUAUAAUGCUUUGUGGCAAUCAUUUUGAUGAUUCAUCAUUUACAAGCAGUGCCAAAACAAGACUGAAUAAGUUCGCCAUUCCAACUGAAGCUCAAAAUAUUUUAGCCCAGUUACGACAUGAUCAUCAACUUAAAGAAGUACAAGAAACUCAAUGUCAAACAACCACGAUGCAAAUGGACAUGGAAGCUACCCCCAGUACAUCUCAAUGUUCUAAGCCCACAGAACAUGUCACUGAAUUUAAUCUUCAGAGCCCAGAUUUGACAAAGGAAUCAAGCAAAGGAAAAGGUGUGCUUAAAGAUUUAGACGUGGAAAGAAUUAAAGAACUCACUCCCAGAAAACAGAAACUUUAUAAAAAAUGCAGAAGAAAUUUAACUGAAAUCUUAAGACUUCGAAGAAAAUUAAAAAACAUUAAAAUGUGCAAAAGAGAUGUUUUAAGUUCUUUACACAAUAGUGAUGCGACGGCUAUCAAGACCAUGCUACCCAAGGCCGAACUCAAGAAAUCGCAAGUCAUGCGCUAA